UCAAGGUUACAGGGCUGGGACCUGAUUUAAAAUGCCAUUCUGAUCAUAAAAGCUGGAUCACCCCCCCAUGAGGAGUUCAUAAAUAAGGGUACUGCGUUAUGAAGCUGCCGGUAAAGGCUGAACAGACAGUAAUCAUUGAACUCCGCAGAGGCGGAACAUGCUGGGUUUUACUAUUCAUGGUGUGCUAUUUCUUACACUCACAUCCUGUUGAAUGUUACUUUUCAAAGUUCAUAUUUAUCUCUGCAAUAUUUUUGCAAGCAUGAUUAGCAAACGUGCACAGAACAGCUCAAAGAGAAAAAAAUGGAAGUCUUGCCAUGUGCAUACCUUUCCAGAUAUUAAUUUACUGUCCCUGUUUACUAUCUACAGGAGAGGGUACUGCGGUCCAGGAUGGGUUUAUCAGAAUCGAAUUUGGUAGAGAAGAAGCCUAGCAUAACAGCAGGAUUUGGCAUAAAUUAUGUGAGCUAUAGAGUUUUGUUUUGUUCAUUAAAUUCAUCUUUUCCUUAAAAAGGUAGAGUGAUUUAAUUUUUUUAAUCUGAUUCAAAGACCUCUCUCUUUAAAGACAGGAUGUCCUUGAAGAGCAAAGCAUGUCUUGAAAUGACAACAGUUGCCAUGACUUUCCGUUUUAUUGUCGUGAUUGAGACACUGGGGUUUUGACAUAAAUCAGGUCCAUUAUUCCAUUGAGAACCAUAACUAGUGGUUAAGAUGCAGGCUAAUAAGGCACGCACUAGAAAGCUCCACAUGAGCCUUCAGGAGGCUCCAUGAACAUCCAGUCACCCUGUUACCUCAGUUUACCAUAGAGAACCCCUGUGUUGUCACAGUUAUUUUGCCCCAUGAAGAGACAAUUUUUGACUUUCUUUUUUCCAUUUGUAGAUAAAAAUUUAAGAGCUACAUAAAUAAAAGAAAGGCCUGUGAAGACAGGCAGGCAUCUCCAAGGAAAAGCCCGACACAGUGGAGUUCACAGAAAAUACAGAUACCAGGCUAUCCCAGUGAGAGGCUAGGUACUUAACCACAUUGCUAGAUAUUUGUAUCCUCAGGUUUGCUCCAAUCGCAUGGCUGCCUCACUGAGAGAGAUAGCUGCUGAACUCCCUUGUAGAAGCAGAGUAUUUGUGUUGGCCAGACUUCUUCUUGGGCAGUAAGAUUCAGAAAUGAUUGGAGGCACAGCGCCGUGUUCUCAGGACAGGCCUUGCUGUAGAAGGGCAGUAAUGGAGUCGCCAAAGGCCUUAAUUCCAACACUCUAGCCCAACCCACCAGACACCUAAGCAGAUGCAUAGCAGAGAAGCUCUUAACAGAUCAUCUAGGGCACAGCACCAAUUAUACAGAAUGGAGGUAGCUCUCAUCCUCCAGGGAAUGAGAGGCCAUAAGGGCUCCUAGACACAAGGACUGUUUCCACAGCUCCUUCGGAAAUGUGACAGCUGCGUUCAUCAGCCUACCCUUUGUAACUCCAGAGACCUGCAUUCUCUAACCCCAAAUUAGCUGACAUAAUUUAUGAUGUGGAACCUUCAUAUUUGAUUUUAAUAUUUCAUAGAAUUAUGGAGUGGUUUCAAUAUUUUAAAAGCAAAAUUUAAUAGGAUUGAUACGACGGGACAACACACAUAUCUCCAUGAAGUUCCGAGAUGCCUGGAGAAGCCUUUAUCCAAGCUUAAAUUAAUCUAUCUUUAUGUAAAUACAGUAAAACAUCCUGACCUUUAAUCAGUUCACUUUAAAAAGGUGUUUGUCUUAUACCUUGAGGACAGAAUACAAAUUUGUAUGAGUUACAGCUUUGUAUGGCCCUGGCAAAUUCACAUAAACAAGUUGUUUGGAUGAUGUCACAGACUAAGGCAUGGAGGGUUUGGGUUUGAACCUCUCAACCAUGUCUGGGGGAUGUAACUGUUUCCGUCCCCGAAGGCAGAAGGCAAGGAGGUGUCUCCAGGCAACCAAGCCCCUGGCCUCAGAUUAAGAAGCAGCAGAGAUGCCUUGGGUGGUCUCGGCCCCCUGGAUUCUAAGUCCAGCUUGAACUGGAGACUCGGUUCAAGCCAGGCAUAGGAGGAAAAAAAAUGAACUUGAAUAUAGAGAACGUCGUAGAAUUAGGAGACCAAGAAAGAGUUGUGUUUCUAAAUCACUUUGUAAACCUCUUGGAGAUGAUGCUGCUGCACAGGGAUCUGGGAAGCAUUUUCUCCGCAGUAAUCGUUUGGAUAUUGCUUUUGCAGAGUAUGGAGCUAAUGGCUUAGAGCACUGCAUAUUCCUAGAUAUGCCCAGUGACCACAUCAUCCUGGGAUUAGGAAGUCUGAGAGAGAAACAACUUAGAGAGAAGCUCAUCCACGUAGAAUGGACAUUCGCAGAAGUUCCACUGUCGUAACCACUGAAGAGACAGCGAGAGACAGUGAUCCUUAACAGUAUGUCAGAAUGCUCCUUCGAGUGAGCACCGAAGUUACUAUGGAAAAUUCCAGUUCGAUCUUUGAUAAUGUAGCCUAGGGCAUAAAGUGAAAGCAGCAAACUGCAGACCAGGAGGGGUGUUGAGGGAAAGCUGCAGAAGGCCAAACACAUCACAGGCAGCUUUGCAAAUGAAGGUUGAUUUCUCUCCACUUCAGUAACCCAGAGAAGCAACAGGGCAGGGUGAUGUUGUGGCCUUCCUGUCAGCUGCUGGGUAGAGGAAACUCUUUGAGGAACAGUAGACCCGUUGCCAUCUUUGUGUUUCCAGUGUAUAUCAUCAAGUGGCAUGGAUUCCCUCAUACACUGCUCUUCUGAAAUAUCCUAAACUGUUCAACCUUCCCUCUUUAAAAUCUCCCUCACCUAUUUUCAGCAGUUGGCUUCUAGACAGCUCGUAGAAUCGGCAGUUUGCUUCCUGAGAUCUGCUUAUUUUUCUAGUGUUUUUAGCAAUUUUGGAAAUUGACUGGAACUACAAAGGCCGAGCUCUCAGAAAGGAGUGGACACAGGCAAGGCAAACAGAUAUACAAAUGGCAGACAGGACCAAGGAGAAGAUGUUCAAGUCUGAAGCAAAGGCACCAUGGUCAGCAAGGACACUGGCAGAUGCAUACUCACGACACCAGAGCAGGAAGUGGAGCCCGCCGCCUGCCUGGCCCUGGAGAUGAGAUACGCCCUGGACCCCAACCGGCAGAUCAAAAAGCGUAACAAAGCCCUGCAGGUGCGCUUUAAGGAUAUCUGUGAGGCCCAGAAUGAGCAGAGAGACACACAGUUGUCUUCGGGACCUCUGGGGGAGAAGCGAGAGGCCAAGGCUGUGUCCUGCAGGGUGGCAUAUCGUAAGUAUAUGACGGUGCCCGCACGCCGAUCCAUUCCCAACGUCACCAAGAGCACCGGUGUUCAGACCUCACCGGACCUUCGCAAGUGUUACCAGACAUUCCCGCUGGACCGCAAGAAAGGCAGUCUCAAAGGCCUGCCGGCUGCAGAUACCUUCAAAAGCCAGAACAAUGGGUUUCUAGCAGAUUCAAAAGAGAAGAGCGAGGCAGGGCCCACAGAGGACCCUCGGCCUUGCAGCGCAGGAAGGAUUCACAAGACCACAGCAUUGGUUUUCCAUUCCAACGAACACGUGAAUGCGCUGGACCAGCCCUCUGGGGUCAACUGUGCAGAGCUCUGCAAGUCUCCGGAUGUGCUUGGCUACCCUGAGGCUCUUUUGCAGAACUCUCGGCCUCCCUCUGAGGAGCCCAUCCACCAACUGCAGGGGAGAGCUAAGCCUGACAGGGGCACCCUGGACUCAGAGGAACCCACUCCACUCACCCAUGGAAGGGUGUUUAAGACAGAGGUCGCCACUGUGUAUCCGCCUGCCAAAAGCACUAGGGCCCCUGAGCCUGGCUUGUCAAACUCUGCUGCUGCCAGCCAAUGGUCUCUCUGCCCUACAGAGGAGGAGCAGAGGCGGGCCGCCCACCUCAAUGGGCUGCAGGCAUCCACAGGCUCGGCUGUGGCCUGCUCAACCCCGGUGCAGUGCCUGUCCCCAGAAUGUAGCGAACAGCCCCUGCAGAACCAGCCUAGCCCCACAGCUGGGGUAGGGGAUGAAGAACGCCAACAAAUUGUGCCUCACACAGAAGUGGUAGACCUCAAGGCCCAGCUGCAGGUGAUGGAGAACUUAAUCAGCUCCAGCCAGGAGACCAUCAAAGUGCUGCUGGGAGUUAUUCAGGAGUUGGAGAAAGGAGAAGCCCAUCGGGAAGGGCUUUCAUAUCGGACGGGGCAAGACACAGCUAAUUGUGACACGUGCAGGAACAGUGCAUGUAUUAUCUAUAGUGUGGAGCUGGAUUUUAAGCAACAAGAAGACAAACUGCAGCCCGUGCUGAGAAAACUGCACCCUGUCGAGGAAACUCAGGUCAUCCCUUCGCCUUACACUCAGGAGGCUCACUCCUCCACGCCCAAGCAAAAAUCCAAAACUGAGUCCAAAAAGCACGGAAGGUGGAAACUCUGGUUCCUUUAAUCUCGUGGGCUUGGGAAGACCCAGACUGUCUUUUAAACCCACUGGAAUUUAAGUGAGUCCUUUUCCGAAACGGAUAGGAUCAAGGGAACUGCGGUGCCAACGCGUGCUCCCUGCUUCUCGCCCUGCGUACCAAAAAGGCCUUCGCACCAACAGAUAAUUAGCAGCAAGGGAGUGACUGUCACCCCUUGCCAGCUGUCCUUUGCAGUCCACUGGUAUGGGGUAUAAAGUCUGAAAUAAAACUCACGUAGUUAAAGAUAAGGAAUAACUCUACCCCCGACAGUGCCCCUUGCCUAAGAAGGAGUGUUGAGAUACCAGUGUCCCACACGGCAGGCUGUCCUGGUAGCCGGUGGGACCUCUCACUAUUUUGGCUCUCUACUAUUAUUUAUCUUUAAGUGAGAAGAGAAAGCAAGCCUCGAGUUGGCAAAGGACUUCAUUUUUACCUUUCAUUAUGAAAUAAGCAGGGGCGAGUGCAGUUUUCAGCACAUUCAAUUCCGGAGAAAGCACAAUUUUUUUUUUCAAGUGGUCGGAGACCAUGAAUAAUCUCGAAAAAUGUGACUCUAUGUAUAUCUGCCUUCGUGUGCUGUAGCGCUAAGCCAAGUGACCACAUCUCAGUGUCACAUUGACACCACAGAUUUAGAACCCUCUUCAUCUCCAGGUGGACGACAUGUUUACUGUUCAUUUCCCAAAUGGCCAGCAGCCAGGAACCACUCCCACCCCCACCCGAGUCAUGAUAUGCCUUCAGUCAUUGCAAGCUGACAGGGUCAGAGCUACUGGACACUAAGCUUUCUUAGAUGUUGUUUUUAUUCUUUGGGUACCCAAAGGCCAAAUGAUGAAUCUGGCAAGAAUUGGAAAGCAGACAGAGAUACACAGUGGGUGACAUAGUUACCUAUAAAUCACGGGUACCUGGGCUGCAGCAGAAAGCAUUGGUUCGUUUGUUUGUUUGUUUAUUCAUUCAUUCAUUUAUUUUAUUUAUUUAUUUAUUCAUUCAUUAUUUAUCUCUGAGCGCAUCCAGGUAUUUUAUACAGUUCUUUAUGCUUUGUCUCUACUGGGCGAGAUCUGACCAUCACAGAAAGAAACAGCCUGUUUCCCUUAGCUGCUACCAAUGGCCAAACUUACCAUCACCUACAUUUAAGCAAUCAGUAACCUGUAUUAAAUGGCAUACUUAGGGGAAAGCUGUGAAUCAAAUGGUUUUAGGAUUUUAAAAAACCCACUGUAUAAUUGAGAGUUCUCUCUUGCUUACACAUGACCACAUAAACCUCCAUCCCCUUGUUUUGUUUUGCUCAUUUCUUUGCACCUUUACAAGUAUCUUUUUUAUAGAAACCAAAAUCCUCUUGUGCACUAAUGACGUCUCUCAGUAUUCUGCUUCUCCUGUAGGAAGUAGAGGGUCUUCUUUGGCCUUUUGUUUUUUCUUUUUGUAUAACAAUGUUUUGAAUUGUUUGUGGGCGUACCAGAAAAACCUAGUGUUUGGUGUUGGUCCAGCACUUUCGGCUGGAACUGCACGCUGAUGGCAGCCUGGCAGAUGAGACUGCAAACUUGCAGCGGCUCUGUAUUGGGAGAGGGUCAUGACCUUCUUUGGAUGGGUAGGAGCUAGGGCUCACCACAUGCUUUUCCUCAUUUAGUUCUAAAUAUUUGGAUUAUACAACAAGCUUUAAAAGAAAAAAAAAAAGCUAAAAGUAUAUUUUGUGUGAAUCCUCUUUGGGGACUACUCAAACCACACUAGAGGUAUGCUUAUUUAAAAUGCAAGGACAGGUGCAUGCAUGCGUGCACGCACAAAAUACACACACACACACAAAUACACACACA